GCCGCGGCCCUGACGCCACGCCCUCGCAUCCCUCAGUGAGGCUGCUGAGGUUGUUCUUUCGGGGGGACGCGAGCGUCCGCUACCCCCUCCUCAGAGGCCUGGGGCUGGCAGCCUCUGUCACGGCUCCUGUGCCGGCUCGGCGCUGCGCAGCGCGUCGGUGCCACCGUCAUGGAUCUAAAUUUAAAUCGAGCGGAUUAUUUACAGGUGGGAGUGACCUCUCAGAAGACUAUGAAGCUACUUCCUGCCUCAAGGCAUAAAGCUACACAAAAGGUCGUUAUUGGAGAUCAUGAUGGGGUAGUUAUGUGCUUUGGCAUGAAAAAAGGAGAAGCAGUGGCAGUGUUCAAGACCUUACCAGGGCAGAAGAUUGCAAGAUUGGAGCUAGGAGGGGUUCUUAACACACCCCAGGAGAAAAUUUUUAUUGCUGCAGGAUCUGAGAUUAGAGGCUUUACAAAGAGAGGAAAACAGUUCCUCUCUUUUGAAACCAACCUCACUGAAAGCAUAAAAGCUAUGUAUAUAUCUGGCUCAGACCUCUUUCUCAGUGCAAGUUACAUCUAUAACCAUUAUUGUGAUUGCAAAGACCAACAUUAUUACCUUUCUGGGGACAAAAUCAAUGAUGUCAUCUGCCUUCCAGUGGAAAGAUUACCUCGUAUUACACCGAUAUUGGCCUGCCAGGACAGAGUGCUCAGAGUUUUACAGGGGUCUGAUGUGAUGUAUGAAACUGAAGUGCCUGGCCCACCUACUGUCUUAGCACUACAUAACGGAAAUGGCGGAGACUCUGGAGAAGAACUUUUGUUUGGAACAUCAGAUGGAAAACUUGGGCUUAUUCAGAUCACUACCUCCAAACCAAUACACAAGUGGGAAAUUCAAAAUGAGAAAAAGCGGGGAGGUAUUUUGUGUGUUGAUAGCUUUGACAUUGUGGGUGAUGGGGUUAAAGAUUUACUUGUUGGGAGAGAUGAUGGAAUGGUGGAAGUAUACAGUUUUGACAAUGCAAAUGAGCCUGUUCUACGUUUUGAUCAGAUGUUGUCUGAAAGUGUCACAUCUAUCCAGGGUGGUUGUAUAGGGAAAGAUGGCUAUGAUGAAAUUGUGGUAUCCACAUAUUCAGGCUGGGUUACAGGUCUGACAACAGAGCCUAUACAUAAGGAAAGUGGGCCAGGAGAGGAACUAAAAAUUAAUCAGGAGAUGCAGAAUAAAAUUUCUUCUUUAAGGAGUGAGCUGGAACAUCUGCAGUAUAAGGUACUACAGGAAAGAGAAAAAUAUCAACAGUCUUCUCAAUCAAGCAAGGCAAAAUCAGCAGUACCUUCAUUUAGUGUAAAUGACAAGUUUACAUUAAAUAAAGAUGAUGCCAGCUAUAGUCUCAUCUUAGAGGUGCAGACAGCAAUAGAUAACGUCUUAAUACAGAGUGAUGUUCCAAUAGACUUACUUGAUGUGGAUAAAAAUUCUGCUGUUGUCAGCUUUAGCAGCUGUGAUUCUGAGUCAAAUGACAACUUUCUUCUCGCCACUUAUCGGUGCCAGGCAAAUACCACAAGGCUGGAACUCAAGAUUCGUUCAAUUGAAGGCCAAUAUGGCACACUUCAAGCAUAUGUGACUCCAAGGAUUCAACCUAAAACCUGUCAGGUGCACCAGUACCUUAUCAAACCGCUUUCACUCCAUCAAAGAACUCACUUUAUUGAUCAUGACAGACCUAUGAAUACACUGACUUUAACGGGCCAGUUCAGUUUUGCUGAAGUUCACUCCUGGGUGGUUUUUUGCCUACCUGAAGUUCCUGAAAAACCUCCAGCAGGAGAAUGUGUGACAUUUUACUUUCAGAACACCUUCCUGGAUACCCAACUUGAAAGUACCUACAGAAAAGGAGAAGGAAUUUUUAAAUCUGACAACAUUUCUACUAUAUCCAUCCUCAAAGAUGUGCUGUCUAAAGAAGCUACCAAAAGGAAAAUUAACCUCAACAUAUCAUACGAGAUAAAUGAAGUAUCCGUCAAACACACUUUAAAGCUAAUCCACCCAAAGCUGGAGUACCAGUUGCUUUUGGCUAAGAAAGUGCAAUUAAUUGAUGCUUUAAAAGAAUUGCAGGUUCACGAGGGAAAUACAGACUUUCUGAUACCGGAAUAUCGCUGUAUUCUAGAAGAAGCAGAUCACCUACAGGAAGAAUACAAAAAGCAACCUGCACAUCUUGAAAGACUGUACGGCAUGAUCACUGAUCUUUUCAUAGAUAAGUUCAAGUUCAAAGGCACCAAUGUAAAAACCAGAGUGCCUCUUUUACUGGAGAUUCUGGACAGUUACGACCAAAAUGCAUUGAUUGCUUUCUUUGAUGCUGCAUGAAAUGUACACAAGGUAAAGUUCCAAAGAAGUUGUCUUUUUAAACGAAAUAUUUUAAAACAGAAUUAUGGCACAAGCUAACUGUACAUACUUGUAUUUCAAAUGCUUUUUAAUAUAAUCUAAAAACAUUUAAGAUGUGACUUCCUUUACUAAUGCUUCUAUUUUGAGAAAUGGAACUUUUUAAAAAUAAAGAGAAUUUUUAUUUUGGA